AUGUUUGUCGGUUCAAUUGACCAAGGUACCACCAGCACCAGGUUCCUCAUCUUCAACCACGAGGGGGAACCCGUUGCAUCGCAUCAGGUGGAGUUCACUCAGAUCUACCCUAACCCAGGAUGGCAUGAACAUGAUCCUCUGGAGCUCGAAUCGUCGGUGUACACCUGCGUCGAAGAAGCAGUAAAGAAAUUCGAAGCCACCGGCUACUCGCGCGAGACCAUCAAGGGCAUCGGCAUCACUAACCAACGAGAAACCACCGUAGUCUGGGACCACGAAACGGGCGAACCACUGUACAAUGCUAUAGUUUGGACCGACACUCGCUCCCAGUCCAUUGUUGACGAAUUGAAGAAGAGACCCGAGGCUUCGCAACUCCAGCAGCUGUGUGGGCUGCCUCUCUCUACAUACUCGUCUGCAACCAAGCUCCUAUGGAUGCUGGAGAAUGUCCCACGCGUCAAAGAUGCCUAUGAAAGAGGAACACUGGCAUUUGGCACGGUAGAUACAUGGCUGGUGUAUCGUCUGAACGGUGGGCAUGCUGCGAAUGUCUUUGUGUCCGAUGCCACCAACGCGUCGCGGACCAUGUUCAUGAACCUGGAGACACUGCAAUACGACAAUUUCCUUCUCGAUUUCUUUGAUAUUAGAGGGAAAAUCCACUUUCCCAAAAUUGUGCCGUCAUCGCACUCAACAGCGUAUGGGGUGCUGUCAACCGGCAUCCUCCAGGGAGUCCCCAUUCUAGGAUGCCUUGGAGAUCAGUCGUCCGCGCUGGUCGGUCAAAAAGGAUUCUCUCCUGGGAUGGCAAAAAACACCUAUGGCACUGGAUGCUUCCUCCUGUACAAUGUGGGCGAUAAACCGGUCAUUUCGACGCAUGGAUUGCUGGCGACGGUGGCAUACCACUUUGACGGAAAACCCGUGUAUGCCCUCGAGGGGAGUAUCGCAGUAGGCGGGUCAGGUGUCAAGUUCUUACAGGACAACUUGGAGUUCUUCAGCGCAUCCAACGAGGUGAACGAAUUGGCGCUUAGUGUGGAAGACAAUGGCGGGUGCGUCUUUGUCACUGCAUUCAGUGGCCUUUUUGCGCCCUACUGGAUCGACGACGCCAAGGGAACUAUUUUUGGAAUCACACAAUACACCAAGAAGGGCCACAUUGCUAGAGCCACUCUGGAGGCAACUUGCUUCCAGACCAAAGCUAUUCUGGACGCCAUGGAAAAGGAUAGUGGACACGCCUUGUCUGAACUAGCUGUUGACGGAGGUCUCAGUAACUCGGAUCUAGCCAUGCAGAUCCAAGCAGACCUCAUCUCAAUCCCAGUAUACCGCCCAAAGAUGCGUGAAACCACUGCCCUGGGAGCAGCAAUUGCAGCUGGCCUGGCAGCUGGACUCUGGCGCAACUUUGCCGAGUUGCGCGAUAUAAACCGUGCAGGAGGAGCUGUUUUCGAACCGCAGGUCAGUCGCGAAGACAGUGCCAAGUCAUUCGCUAUGUGGGAAAAGGCCGUGAACAUGUGUCGCGGGUGGGUUGGGGAAAAGGCACCUCCAAUCAUCCAAGACCAGAAGCAACAAGAGCCAGAGAUUGUACAAAGUAGUGAUGCUCUGACAAUACCUUUGGCGAAGACUGUGACGGAAAUCAAACUGCCCAGAGCGCCUCUCGUCAAUCUAUCCAGCAAUUUGGAUGAUGCGGACGAAGAUGACUUGUACCUUGAACUUCGAAAGGUGGACAUCUUGCAGCGAUUGAAGAAGCUUGCCAAGCUUAAGCUUACAUAUUUGUAA